AGGUCACUAGGCAACCAAAGGACGCUUCCAGCGCAGGCUGAGUGUGAAAUCCCGAUAGAAGAUAUGGAUUCUGAAUAUUUGAAGAAAUGUAUAGGAAAGUGCCUGGCAGAAGGACUAGCAGAAGUGGCUGAAAGAAGGCCGAUGGAUCCCAUCCAAUAUCUAGCACAAUGGAUUUACAAAUAUAGAAGCAAUUUAGAUGAGUAUGAAAAGAGGAAACUGGAAAGAGAGGAAUUGGAAAGAGAAAAAGAGGAGGCACGCAUGGAGAUAGAAAUGGCUGAAAAACUCAAACAAGAGGAGAUUCUUAUCCAGCAGAAAAUUGAAGAACAACAGAGGAAUAUGAUUUCAGAGCAAUAUCCCCAAAAGACACUAGCAGAACUUACGGAGAAGUUUGGAGCACCACAUCUGCCAACUGUGCAAGAGACAGACGAAUCGUUGUCUUCUGGUGCUAAACUGACCAGCCUGGAGAUAUCGUCUGAGGUUGAAAACACAGGAGAGUCAUUGGAGAAUCCACCUCUAAAGGAAACUGAUGAUCAGUUAAUAAACAGUCAGGGCCAUGAAACAAAGGAAGUGGAAGGAUAUGCAACUUUUAGAAUGGAGGAAAAUCAGGGAGAGAUGGAACCUUCUCAAAAGGAUGGAGAUAUUUUGGGAAAUACAGUGCAGCCUACGAAUUCUGACAUCCAAACUGAAAAGGAAUCUGAAAAUCAAGACACCCCUCAAGAACAGUCAUAUUCUAGCAUCGGAGAACAAACCAUGUAAACUUUGAGAACCUCAAUUGUGAAAAUUAGUCUGCUCAAUCAUGUCAUUUGUUGAACUGGUCUCAAAAUUGAUAUACAUGUUUGGGGACUUCAUUUAGAGUAAUAUCCAAUUUCUUAGUGACUACUCAGGAUUUCUGAAGAUUUGCCCUUGAAUGUGUGUCUGCGUCAAUUUAAUAAAGUUUCAUGUAUUCACA